AUGAUGAUUAUUGAGCCAAACAUGGACGAAGGCAGCUCACCAGUCAAGAUUUUGCGCGAAGACCGCCGUAAAGAAGUCAUCAAAGACUUUUUAGUUUUUGAGAGACGACGGACACGAGUACUUUGCCGUACGACAUUUGAGGGUGACGCUGAACCACUGCUGGAAGCAGAGGAGGAGGAGGCGGGCGAUGAUGAGGAAGUUGAAGGGGUGGGGGAACAAUGCCUUGAAGACACCUUUUCCGUGUACUCCACCACGAUAUCGAACAUUUCUGCUGACAUGGCUUCACAGUACUUAGCUGUAAAAAUGAAUUAG